AUGCCACCACAACCUCAGAAUCUUGAUGACAUUGACAUAUCUGAUUCGCUUUGUUUAACAUUAAAUAAAGAGAAUUUUUUAGUAAGAGAUUCUAUAAUUAGAAAGAAUAGAAUUAUCUUGUUUACUACAAAAGCCAAUAUACAACACUUAUCUAGAGUGUUAUAUUGGAUAAUAGAUGGUAUCUUUAAGACUGUCCCAACUAUUUUUUGCCAAUUAUAUACAAUUCAUACUCCUAUUGGCACUGUAGAUAACUCAAGAAGCAUUAUUUCAAGAUUUAUUGAAUUCGCAGAAGAGAGUAAUAUUUUAUUAAGACCUACAACGAUUCUUACAGAUUUUGAACUUACUGCAAUUAAUGCAUCUCAUGAUGAGUUUCCUAGUUCUGUGCAUGACUCCAUGGAAAUAGAUAUUCCUAGAACAUCAAAUAUUGUUGAGGCUUGGCACCAACAUUGGGAAAAUUUAGUUGAUCGAUCUCACGUGGGUGUUUAUACCAUUGUUACUAAAUUCCAAAAAGAGCAACAACAAGUUGAGUAUCAAAUUGAAACUAUUCUCCAUGGUACACCAUGUCUAAAACCAAAAAAAGAUAUAAUUGAAAGAGAAAAAAGACUAGACACUAUUAUCUAUAACUGA